UCUAAUUAGCAUCAGUGUGUUCAGGUGUGUUCAGGUGUGUUGCUCUGCAUACACUGUCAUUGAGGAGGGCAGCAGGUGAUUUGACUGAACCGUUUCCUCGUUUUUAUUCACAAACACACUCACUCAAAUACCGACUUACUGAAGAAGAAGAAGAGGAAGCAGCGGACAACCGCAUGUAAACCUAAGCUCCGGGAUGUUGACGAUCGCGCACAGUGAAGAAUCAAGCAAUUACCGUUUUCAAUGAGUGAGCUUGGACAGCAUGUGAGGUUGUAGGAGGAGCUUCAUCAUUUCAUCCCGAUCGAUCUUCACUACUGAAGGUGCAGCACCCUCCAUCUUUGGAGCAUCACUUCAUCUCCUUGCUACUUCCCAUCCCCUUUAGGUAUGAAUCCUUAUGGAGACACAGACCAGGACUCUCAUCCACGCGAUGAUGAUGAUGAUGCUGCUUCGCUUCCCUGUUCAGACCUCGGCCUUGACAAUGAUACCCAUUCUCCAUCCUUCUCCAGUUCACCGUGUCCUCCAGUAAUUUUGACAGGUCAUACCUCCUCUCCUUCAACCCCUCACCUUGCUCCCACCACCACACUGACUUCCUCCCAGGUCUCUGUCAUCAUUCCGUCACCAGAACUCCACCAAUCUCCCCUCCCACCUCAGUUCUUCGAGGACACCUGCCCAGACCUGGAGUGCUCCAUCUGCUUCAGUGAAUUCAAUAAUGUCUUCCGCUGUCCCAAGAUGCUUCACUGCAAGCACACAUUUUGUCUGGAGUGCCUGGCACGCAUCAACGUCAAGUCGGCCGAGCCCAGCAACAUCCUGUGCCCACUGUGCCGCGGCCUCACCCCGCUGCCCUCCCUGGGUCUGCCCAGGCUACCCACAGACUCCGAUGUCCUGUCAUACCUGCCGUCCGCCAUGCAGAGGGUCUACAGCAUCCGCUUCCUCCGCAAAAAAGGGAAGCUGGAAGUCAAAAGGUCAUCUGGAAGUCACCAGCAUUGGAGUCAGAGGACGCAGAGGUCUGCAAACCCUUCUCUGCAUGUUGGGCUUCCCAGCCCACCUGUCGAGAGCCACAGUGGGGCAGGUGGCAUGGGGGGUGCUCUCUUUAGACUGACAGGCCAACCGGCAUGCCGAGCCUUCCUCCUGACAUCCGUGGUGAUGAUGAUGUUGCUCCUGACUGGCAUCGUCAUCUUUCUGCUCACCUACACAAGUGAAAAUGACCCACAAUAACUGAGUGUGACAGUUGACUGCUAAAUUAGUCACCUGCUGCAGCAAUACAGCAGCUGUGCUCAGGUACUGCCAGAAGUGGGAAAUAGUUGAACCAUGUUAAGAAACAGAUCUACUCAACUGCUGAUGAACAGCAUCUCAGAUGUCAGCCAGUGGUAACAGGCUGACAUCUGUAGGUCAUGUCAAGGCAACAGAGCCAAGUAAUGUUCCUGUCACUUUGGACCUGGACUGAGGCCCAUCAGCAUGUCUUAUAGACCUGCCAGCAGGUAGCGCUGUCACUGCAGCACUUUAAACAAAAGGACUGAACGUUUGUUAUGUUUUAAAUCCUGAGUCAUGAAAGAGUUGUUUACAUCAGCCAGUUUUCUGUUGGGAAACAGGAGCCAUGCUGCAGUCUGACAGACAUAAACUGUAAAGAACUAGUAUACCCACAUUAGGGCUCAGCUCAGACGUUUACUAAAAAAACAUGUUUGUUCUCUGCUUAAAAUAUCUUUCAAAAUGUCAUACAUUAAAGACUAUGUUACAAAUAGAAAGGGAGAAAAAUGGGUAUUUUAUGUCAAUACUAAUAUCCAGUUUUAUGUUGUGUUUUAAGGC